AUGUCUGGUCGAGUGCCCACCCCGCCACUUCCUACCUCUCCACUAGUAGCUCUUGUCGAAGCAUUCGUAGGCAGCGGAACAGUUCUUACUCGAAGGAGCAGUAUCCAAGCGAUGACGGCCACUGCAAUCCCCAGCGGAGCCCAGCUCGCCACGCCGCAGCAAUCGACACUGUCGCUCGAGGCCGUGGAUGAAGCCUCCAGAAAUCUCAGCGCCAUUGAUGGCACCGCAUACCAGUUCACCAUCACCUACUUCGAGCAUAGGACCCCUUCGUUCUCCGUCACCCCUUCCAUCCGCCUCGCUGGUCCGAACAACAUCCCCUCCAUCCGCGCAAGCCUGAGCGACGGAGCCCUCUACCUCGAGCCGAACCGCGCUAUCCACCUCCCCCGAACCCUCCACGCCGAAGACCUGAACCUGCUGAAGUGGGCGUACGCCGAGCACCUCCCCGGCACGCGUGGGUGGAUCCGCAUCCUCUCCGUGCGCCGCCUGUACACCAAAGUCGGCGACCACCUCUGCAGCUGGCCGCAAAGCCACCCACCCCCCUCCGAGAUCAUCGGAGACAGCGUCGAUGCGCUGGAGAUGUACGACAUCUGGUACAAGAACCGCCCCGACUCCCUCCUCAUCCGGCCCUUUAUCUCAAAUCUGGCAGAGCUUGAGAGUGCCUGGUACGACCAAGACCAGACUUUCAAGGAGGUACCGUGGGAAUUCUUCCACAAGAAGCACGGCGGUCAGUACGUUGUGCGGUACGAGCUUGAGGCCGAGCAAGUGAUCUCCUGGAUUAAGGAGACGUAUUGUAUGGACGAAUACUGCGGGGUCGAGGAUGAGGACUUCGAGUGGCGGAGGGACUACAUCGAGGACCAUAGGAUGUCGGACGGAAUGAUGGAAGAGAUUCGGGAGGGCGUGGCGUGGUUAAAGGCUCGUUUCGAGCAAUGGCGAGGUUACGUUGCGUUCGGCGAGACGGGGGUGGAGAGGCCAUGUCCUCCGGAUAAGAGCGAGAAGCCGUGGAGGCGAGGGGAGGAGGCUGAGUGA